ACCCCAGCCCCCAUCCCCCAUACGCCAUCCCCCUCUCUCUCUCUGAUACUUCAACUUCCCAUUCUAUUAAGUCCUAAUCCUUUGGUGGGAAAAACACAAUCUAACUUUCCACAACCACAACUUCAACUACAAUCUAUCAGAAGAUUCAGACCUUCAAUUGAAGAACAAAUCAAUUUCAAUUCACAACACAUAAUUUACAGAUAACAAGAUGCACAAUUCACUACUCAACAAACAACAACAACACACAAUAAUUGAUAUGUGAUUAAAUGUGGAAAAAGAUUUAAAAGCAGUUGACUUUAACUUAAAAUCUACUCAAGCUAAGCUUUCUCAUGAUUUCUGUUGAGACGACUGUCGUCAAUUUUGCAAGAGAAGACCUGUUGGGGUAAGCACAAAGCCUCGAGCUUGGGAAGCACAUGUCGUUGUAGCUCAGGAUCUGGUUCUAACUACCGUUGUUCCUUCUUUGGCUAAAUUGGGUUUUGAUGUUUUGCCGCCGAGCCGACGCCAAGAGAGAGAGAGAGGGGGAUGAGGUUGGUUCGGGGUCAGAGGGGAUGAACAGGGGGGCGUUGGGUUUAUUGGGAUAGGAUUUUUUAAGUUUACUUUUUCAAAAUUUGUCCGGCCUUGGAGUUAAAGAAAGGGAAGAAAUGAUGCAGUCUUGGAGAAAGUCUCUAAUUGAAGCUGCAAAUUUGUUCGGCCUUGUUUCUACGGAGACUGAUGGGUACUUUGGAGAGUUUGUCACAAAAAUUGUUGACGAGAUCACCAGAAAACUGAAGAGCGCAUGCGUAGACGUAGCCACUGAACAAGUAGAAUUAGAUUCUAGCAUGCAAGAAAUCAGUAAUGAUGUUGGAAAAGAUUCUCUCUUGCAAGAAAUUAGCACUCAUUCAGAUGUUGGAGGCCCAAAAGAUGCUCACAUUCAACUCCAAGGCCCACAGCCCUCCGCUCUCAAAGUCAACAAAGAGUCGGUCAAGACAAAGAAGUGAGAGUUCAGGUCCUUUCAACGCUGCUCUCCAUGUAACUUUA